AGUCCACUGCGGGACACCGCUCGGCUAGAGAAGCCUUGUUAUGAUUGCGUUUCCUGAGCGCUAAACCGUGCUGAAAUUUGUCUGACGAAGUUCAAUAAAUAAAAAUCAAUGUACAUACAUAACAAUCUUAUGUUCAUCAGUAAAUAAUUUCACUAUUUAAUGGGUGUAAAUAAUCUCCUUCCGAGCUAUAAAAGUUGGGAAUCUCCAGAUUCUCCUGCCGCUGACAACUUGAAAUCAAAUGGCUCAGCCACGACGACGGUUCAAAUACCGGUGAAUGGCCAACAAAAGUCAACAACAGAAGAACCUUCUGACAAAAGCUUCAGCAAUGUUUUCGAUAAAUCAUCGUCUGAGAAAAAGCCCAAGAAGAACGCGAUCCUUCGAAUAUUUGGUGAAAAUCUUAUUACGGUGGCCACACUGUUGGGUGUGGUGGCCGGUAUUGCCCUUGGAUUCGGGUUGAAAAAAGUAAAAACAUGGACGGAACGGGAAGUGAUGUAUGUAAACUUCCCUGGAGAACUCUUUUUAAAUAUGUUGAAAUGUCUGAUACUUCCUCUUAUCACGUCAAGUUUAAUAUCUGCAAUUGGAAAUCUAGACACCAGGUUGACAGGAAAAAUUGGAUUCAGAGCAGUAGCCUAUUACAUAGCAACCACCAUUAUGGCCAUAAUUUUGGGCAUCAUUCUAGUCGUUACGAUUCGGCCUGGUGUGGGUGGUAUUGGAGCUGACACCGGUGAGAAGAAAAACACUAAACCUCAGUUAACAGAAGACACGCUAAUGGACCUUAUCAGGUAACUAUACCAGAGUUUUUGUGACUCAUCCUCCUGGUGUAGGAAAACCUACACCAGGUCCAAAAGACCCCCUCAGAAAACUUCUGUGGAUUAUAGAACUUGGAAAUGGCAAGGAAAAAUGGGUGGUGGAACCAACAUUCUUGGCCUGGUUGUAUUUUCUGUUGUUCUCGGUAUAACACUGGGUGACAUGAAGCAAAAGGGAAAACCCCUUUUAAACGUCUUUACCUGUUUGAGUGAUGCUAUUAUGAAAAUAACUCGAAUAGUCAUUUGGCUAUCGCCUGUUGGUGUUCUAUUCCUAGUGGCCAGCAAGAUUUUAGAAAUGGACGAUAUCGGAGUGAUUGCUGGACGUGUGGGCCUUUACACAGCGACAGUAUUGGCAGGAAUUUUUAUACAUGGAUUCAUUGUACUUCCAUUACUUUAUUUUGUAUUCGUCAGAAAAAAUCCCUACUCCUUUUUGAUCAGAAUGAGCCAAGCAAUGGCGACAGCAUUUGGAACAGCAUCCAGUUCUGCUACAUUACCAAUUACAAUUCAGUGCUUGGAAGAAAAAAACAAUAUUGACCAGCGGGUAUCCAGAUUUUGCCUACCAAUUGGAGCCACGAUUAACAUGGAUGGUACAGCUCUGUACGAAGCCGUGGCCGCUAUAUUCAUAGCCCAAAUUAGAGGAGUUACUCUUAGUGCAGGCAAUAUCAUUGCAAUUAGUAUUACUGCAACAGCGGCAAGUAUAGGUGCUGCUGGCAUCCCUCAAGCAGGACUGGUUACCAUGGUUAUGGUACUUAAUGUUGUUGGAUUACCCGCUGAAGAUGUCACUUUGAUUCUAGUCGUAGAUUGGAUUUUGGAUAGAUUUCGUACCACAAUCAACGUUCUUGGUGAUGCCUAUGGAGCUGGCAUCGUGGCUCACCAUAGCAAAGAUGAUUUAAACGAACUGUCUAACAUGGAUGAACAAAGUGUAGAAAUGACCACCCUUUGAGUAGGAAAGUAACCAUGAACAUAUAAUUCCUGAGGAAGAUGAAAACACGUCGCAUUUCAUGCACAAUAAAAGGAAAACACGUUUAAUGUUUUGUAAAUUGUUACAGUGCAUAAAGUAUUAAGUUAGUUUAUGAACGUUAAGUUGAGGUGAAGGUGAAAAAAGGAACUGUUGGUGCUAAAGAAGUUUCGUAAAUAUUGCUUCUGUGUCUCUUACAGCAAUUUUACAAAAAUUGCCAUUUUUCAGUAGCAGUUUUCCAAAAACUUCUGUGUUUAGUAGCAGUUUUCCAACUUCUGUGUUUAGUAGUAGUUUUCCAAAAACUACCAUGUUUCAGAGGCAGUUUUCCUAAAACUACUUCCGUCUUUCAGAAGCAGUUUUCCUGAAACUACUUCCAUGUUUCAGAAGCAGUUUUUUCUAAAACUACUUCCUUGUUUCAGAAGCAGUUUUUCCUAAAACUACUUCCAUGUUUCAGAAGCAGUUUUUCUAAAACUACUUCCAUGUUUCAGAAGCAGUUUUAUUAAAAUUACUUGUAUGUUUCAGAAGCAGUUUUCUUAAAUCUACUUCCUUGUUUCAGAAGCAGUUCUUCUAAAACUACUUCCUUGUUUCAGAAGCAGUUUUUCUAAAACUACUUCCUUGUUUCAGUAGCAGUUUUUCCUAAACUACCAUGUUUCAGAAGCAGUUUCCUAAACACUACUUCGAUGUUUCAGAAGCAAUUUUAUAAAAAAAAACUGUGUCCCAGAAGCAGUUUUUCAUAGACUACUUCAAACUUAUAACUCCAAAAACUACAUCUGUGUUUCAGUAGCAGUUUUCCAUAAAGUACUUCUGUUAUUUAUAAACAAUUUUUCCACUACUACAUCUGUGUUUCAGCAGGGGUUUUCUCUAACUUACUGCUGUGUUACAGCAGCAGCUUUCAAAAAAUUAUCUGCUGCUGCGUUUUUUAAUUAAUUAUUUAUUGGAACUUCUGAUUUUGUUCCUAAACUAAAUCAAUUUCAGGGAUGCCAGAUGCAACAGAUAAGCAAAAGAAAA